AUGUAUUAUACACGUAACAUGCGGCGAGGGGCCUCACAGGUGCCUCACCGCUUAGCGCACCCGCAGCGGUAUAGACAGCAGGCAACUAGGUCCCCCCGCAAUACGCUUUUGCGAGAAAAAAUACCAGAGAAGGAUGUAUUACCUCCUGCAGAGCGCUACGCCUCCCAUUUAACAGAAUACGAGAAAAAAGAAAUUCAAAACUACAGUGAUGUGUAUUACGCGGGUGAGAAUUGUGAACGUAAAAUUCCUGCCCCAAUAGAAGGAGGCCACAAUAGUGGGUACGAUGAUGAAAGGGGAGACUAUAUGAUAAGAGAACAUGAUCACAUAGCCUACCGUUAUGAGAUGUUGGGCCUCUUGGGGAGCGGAUCUUUUGGUCAGGUUGUGAAAGCUAUUGAUCACCUCAAGGGAACCACAGUUGCACUAAAAAUUAUUAGAAAUAAAAAGCGUUUUACGGCGCAAGGAAAGAUAGAAGUACAGAUAUUGUCACAUCUAGGGAAAGGUGACCCCGGUGGGUUAUACGGAAUAGUUAAAAUGUUUGAAAGUUUUUCAUUUCGCUCUCACAUAUGCAUCACCUACGAACUUUUAUCUAUAAACUUGUACGAGUACUUGAAACAACGCAAUUUUCACCCAUUGUCGUUAAAUGUUGUACGUAAAAUUGGUGCUGGAGUUUUGGUUUCCCUUUCCUAUUUGUGGCGUGAAAAUGUUAUUCACUGUGAUUUAAAACCUGAAAAUAUACUGUUAAAAGCACCUGACCGGGCUGCUGUAAAAGUGAUUGAUUUGGGAUCUGCCUGCUUUGAAAAUGCUCGCAUCUACACAUACAUCCAAUCUCGUUUCUACCGUGCCCCGGAGGUGAUACUCGGUUGCCCAUACAGCAAGCGGAUUGAUCUAUGGAGCUAUGGGUGUGUUCUGUGUGAGCUCGCCACCGGCUACCCGCUGUUGCCGGGCGAGAGCGAGCAGGAGCAGCUGGCGUGCAUUAUGGAGUACUUUGGCCCCCCACCACGCGAGAUGAUCAUGCAGUCCCCCCGCAAACACGAGUUCUUCGAUCCCGCCGCCGACUACGCCCCCCGCCUCGUCCCCAACAGCCGGCGCCGCAUCCGCUAUCCAGGCACAAAGUCCCUCGCCGCGUUUCUCGGACUCCCCAAUGAUGACGCCUUCGUCGCAUAUGUACGGCAGUUUCUCUGCUGGCUGCCAGAGGAGCGCGUGCCCCCGCGGCGGGCGAUGCGGCACCCGUGGAUAGCAGACGCCUUUGAGGAGCCGGCAACACAGCAGCGGCAACUACCAGCAGGCACACCACAGGGCACGGCCGUGCACGCGGCAGGGACAAACGGGUACGGUGCCACGAGAUCGACGUGGAAUGUACCCCAUCUACCCAAGAUUGGUCCUCGUUAA